AUGUCGCAAACUGCUGAAAAGGGUAUUGCGGAUUUGAUAAAUAAUCUGUUUCGGAUAUUUCGAGUUGCUGGAGCCAAAUGCAGGGUGUUAGAUGAACCAUUUCCUUCAAAGUUUCAUGAAUCAGACCCACUAAAAAUUUAUGAAUCCUAUAACAGGUUUUUGAAAAGUAAAACCGAUCAUGAUGGCUCUAUCAAAAAUGAGGAUAAGCUUCCAUUGACAACAAUAACCGAAAGAAACGAUAAGAAAGAGUAUAAUGUUAGUCAUGGUGGGUUAUACAAGCUGUAUCAUGAUAUUAAAUUGGUAUGCAUAAUGCUUAUCAAUUAUUUCCCCCAAGGUUCCAAGAAAUAUCAAAUGGUGGAUAAAUUCUAUAAAUUUGCUACUGAAUUGAUGCUACGAGAAGCCUAUAAGAUCGGCGCUCAAUUAGUAUACGAGACAAAUUUGGAUGAUGAUGAAAGAGAGACGGACUCCAGCAGAACAGAACUUGAAAAGGCCAUAAGUGCUGACUUCAUUAAAAUUGCUACUAAUUAUACUGUUCCUGUUACCGAGACUUAUCACAUUACUACUAAAGAUCUGGAAUUAUUUUCUUCUACUAUCGAGAGAUCUGAAAUUGAUUAUAGACCGCAUGAAUUACCAAACUCUAAUUUUGAAAUCAAUAAAGUUAUUCCACAAACCAGCCUUUUAGAUGAAGCACCUAAAUUGGGCUUUUUGGCAGCAAACACAAGCGGUAUCCCAGAUCCAACUCUGCCACCUACCGAAAUGAUGACCAGAUUUUUGCAUCCAAAUUGGUAUGCUCUACCAACUACGGUAUGGCUAAAAUACAAUGGAUUUAGCUCAUGGGCACCUUCUUUUAAUGAAAAUGGAACAGUUAUAGAUUCAACAACAAAAGGUACGAUAUGGUUGAAUAGAGUUGGAUAUAUGCAAGAACUUAUCAAAAAGGAAAAGGAAUUACAUGAAGAUUUAUCAAAAGAGCAGGAAACCACUAAGGAUGAGGAGAAGAAGACAGAUAUGCUUGAUGAUGCUGACCUGGAUCAAACGAAAAAAAAUGAAAAAACUGCAAAUGAAGCUGAAGUGAAAACUGAAGAAGAAAAUCUUCGAAAUGAUAGUAAUAAUAAUAUAAAAAUUGAGAAUCUUUUUGCUUGGACACCUUCUAAUCAGUUAACCGAUAGCGAUAUUGCCCUUCUCAAAGAUGGUAAGGGCGAACAGCUUGUUAAUGACACUUUAUCAAGAAUAGCAAGGUUGAGAAAGUCAAGAAUAGCGAAAAGGCUAAGAGAGCCUACAGAUGAUGAGAGAAAUCUAUAUUUCAAAGCUCGCCUUUUGUUAAAAGAAAUAAUGCUCUCAAAAACUGAUCAGCCACUCAAAUUAUCGAAUCACACUUCUUUUCCAAUAGUUCAAGUGAAUUAUAAUGGUACUAUACCAGUUGUUAGGACACAACCUGUUAAAAAGAAAAAGUAUAGAAGAUAA